AUGGAUAUGUCAAAUUUUUCUUGGGAUCACUUUGGUUCGACCAACCUGUCAACGCUUUUCACCGAUCAAAAUGGACUAGGUUGGACAGAAGGCAUACGACUCGAGCUUGAUCCAAAUGGGAUUGACAUGUUCCGUCGACUAGUACAUUAUAAGAUCCACAAGACAGAAGUGAUCUCUGAAAGUGAAAAGGGAAGAGUUGUUAAAGCCGAUCUUUUGGACACCCCAAACAUCCACUCGAUGAUUGUCAAAUGCUCUACUAAAUGCCAACAUCCAAGUCUGAGCCACCUACCCUUUCCGAUAUACCAAGCAAGAUCUUAUGCUGCUGCUCAUCAAUUCUUGGUGUUAUUCACCAACUCUGUUUUAACAUCUUCUGUGGCUGCAUCCGAUCUGAAAAAUCUUGCACAGAACUUACGUAUUGCACAAGCCUUUCCAAUAAAUAGUGGACUUGAACCGGGACACACAUUGGGCGCAAUGGUCUCACAUUGA